UCAAAUGAGUCCCAGAUUGGAACUCUCUCGAAGCUCUCUGAUGGCGGCAAGCAAGUCUGGCGUUUGCCGAGUCAGGCGUGCUCUCACACAUUCAAACUAGCUACCUGUUCACGUUGCUCAGAGAACAUCCGCUGCCAAACUGAUCGCUCAGGACUUGAGCCAACCCUUGCACCUCCUGCUGUGUCCCAUCAUCGCCUGUGUCUCGCCCUCCCCGCUGUCGCUUCACAAGCAGCCAGCCCUCUGCAUCCUCCAUCCCGAUAUCAACCCGACGUCCACUUCCUACCACCCAACUCUACAACCAUCGAUUUCCAUGUCAUGACUCGAGAUACCAUGCGGCCAGCGGCCGGAAGCAGCCACAGCUACAGCAGCACCGAUGACCUCGACGUCUUGGCAGGGCUCUGGGAGGAGGCCCCCUUCGCGAGACUACCAUGCGAUGCGCCCAGCGAGCUGAAGGACCUGGUGGAGGACAUCGACAACCCGAAGCGUGUCUAUGCCGUCCACAAAGCGAGUCGAAGACACAACUUUCAGCAAAUAGUUCAGAGGUAUAUCGUCCAGCUCCGCGAAGGUUGCGGCGCCGAACAUUGCGUAACGCCGACUUGCUUCAGCUGCCGGAAGAGAGCCGCUGGCCAGGCCCCGAUCAAACGAUACAACACAACGAGCGCGAGAACGCUGGCUACUUACCUCGCUAGCCAAGAUAACCCUGAGAAUGGCCUGUGUCCCAACCUGCGAACCCCAAAGGCCCCGCCGGCUGCGCUCAACUCGCUCCUGUUUGUGCCCAAGCAGCGGUUGCACACCGAUCGUGUUACGGGAACGUCUCCGAAACCACAGCUCAACAAUUCUCGCCCGGUGUCAUCACGGACGAAUGGAUAUAACGGCAGGCCAUCAACGGGAGAUGCGAGGGAAAAAGGCAGGUCAAUGAAUAUUGCGAAAGAUGUGGAAAGCCCGAAACAAAAAUGGCAACCUGGGUUUGAGGUGGUGGAGGAGCCAGUGAGCAAAGACCACCGAUCAUUUGCGGCCAACGUCUUUGGUACUGUGGCUUUCAAGAUGUUGGAGUGGCUCACGCCGGCUGCGCUAGAGGACAUGACGCAAAGGACAAAAGCUUUCCAGGAGGAGUCGGCUCCGGACCGGCGUGAUGCUGAAGCAGUAAAGGCAGAGGCUAGCCGGGAUAACGGGGGGAAGCCACGGACCAGGGCGUCGUCGGUCCAGCCCAACGGUGCGUCGGCUAACAGUCGACCGCUACCAAAGGGCAGACAACUUGGGAAAGACUCAGAUUCAAAAGAUGAUCGCCACUCUCGCGACCCGCCGGCCGUUUCUCGCUCUACACACCCCCGCCGUAACUCCAACGCCAAGUUGAGGACAUCAAAUCCUCCUGUGCCUAAGCGGCAGCUUUCCAUUGACCCUUACACACAAGACUCUUUGGUCGAUGACCCCUACCCUGGGCUACUCAGAUCGCCACGCGGAAACUCUGGUAGCGCAGAUAGGGGGCCAAGGGGCCCGAAGCCAACAGGGUCAGCACUCUCCAGACCAAUAUCGCAGCUCUCAUCGGCUGGCUACUUUGACCAUGUUGCUUUGGAGAAGAUGCCGCCGCCGAAAACCCUUGAUUUGAAGAACUAUCUUGGGCGAAGUCAGCUAGACGGGACGAGGACUUCUGAUUCAAGUGGCCCAAAGCAGCUAGGCGUUCCCUCAGGGGGGUCCUCUGACAGAUCGUGCAGCAGCGGAUCCGGAGAGAUGGUUCACCCAGAGCCAGAGUCUGACGACGAAAGCGUUCUUCCGCAGGCACUAUCGACGCUACAUGCCGACGUUGUCGACUUCAUCUGCGAUGUCCUGCAAGACGAUGGAACAGCAGAGAAACACAUGCUUGAGCCGCCAUCAGUCACCAAGUUUCACAACGGACACCCCGGCCGGGGCAAGAUGCUCAAGCGCAAGAAGCUUGCCUCUGGGUGCCCAAACUUCAAACUAGAGUGGAAGUUGUUCAUUGAACAGACUCUCUUCAACGUCCUCAGCGAUCCACAACUCGCUGUUCAAUCGUUCUCGAAACAAGGACAACUCUAUGAUUCUCACACACUAUGGUACUGCAUGCUCAGGAUGACCCGGGUUGCCCCAAGCCUGGUUUUCCACAGUCUCUGGAUGGCGGCGGGAAGCCUAUUUGCGCCUCCAGAGUCGCUAUUGGCGCCCCGAUCCCCCACGGCGAAGCUAUUCAGGGACAAGGAAUCUCUUUCAAACACAGAGGCGGGUCGUCUCAUGUCGAUAUGCCUCCACGCUUUGAUUGCCGCUGCGCCACUCAUAACUCCGGAUCCAUCUGACCCAGAAAAGGCUACCCAACGGCUGUAUGAUAUGUCGAGAAUCCGGUCACACGGUCUGAGCCUCACUCGUAGCGGCGCCAUUGCCGACCAGCCCACGGAGCUGUGUCUUCAGUACGAAGACGCCUUCACGGACGACUUGGCCCUGAGGCUGGCUCGACGGCUGUUUACCGCCAUCAACACCAGGAGAUAUUUUGAUGCCCUGUGCGAAUCCAAUGGAGACCUAGACGGUGAUGACUCGCAGCCAGAGCCAGAUGUGCUGGCGCCUCUCUUCUCUCAACUAAACUUUCUUCAUGCCGGUGCGGUGUAUUACGUCUUGGAUUUUUCUUUCAAUGAGCGGGCUCUGCAUGAGACCCGUGUUCCGAUCCUUUUGCUGGACUGGGCGAGGGCUGUCAUGCUUAGCGACUGGAGUGGCUCCCCUGUGAUCAAGGGGGAUGGACCUUUUGGUGGCGCGCUGGCAUUGAUGCAGGCUAUAUACAACAAACGUCAUGAGCUCUUGCUGGGCGUUGCUCAGUUCCGCUCCGAGUACUUUGCCGAGAGGCUCGACACAGUCCAGAUGCCCAUCGCGUGGUUAUCACACGUGUCAACAAGACAAAAGAUCCACCUUCUCGACUAUCCGUUUCUGUUCAACCCUUCUACUCUGGUUACCUAUUUCCGGUCCAUCAACUUUUCGCGCAUGAGCAGGUCGUACGAGGAGUCGACAUCGUUACAGGACAGGAUUGACGUGAUUGCUUCACGCUCCAGCUUGACGCGGCAUCACAAGGAGGUGCUGACGGAGCGGUUGCGUGCGGCGGCUACAAAGUACUUGGUUCUCGAUAUCCGUAGGGAAGCUGUUAUCGAGGACGCGUUUAACCAGCUGUGGAGGAGGGAGGAGAGGGAGUUGUUGAGGCCGCUCAAGGUCCGUCUUGGGGAGUCUACGGGAGAGGAAGGGUUUGAUUUGGGUGGUGUUCAGCAGGAGUUUUUCCGCUUGGCGCUGGCUGAGGCGCUGAACCCGGAUUAUGGUGCGUUUACGGUCGAUGAGAGAAGUCGGAUGGCGUGGUUUGUGCCCGGGUCGCUGGAGGACGAGUGGAGGUUUGAGCUGAUUGGGCUGCUUGUUUCUCUUGCGGUCUACAACGGGUUGACGUUGCCGGUGACGUUUCCAAAGGCUCUCUACCGCAAGCUACUUGGCAAGCCGGUAGACAAGCUCCGCCAUAUCGCCGACGGCUGGCCAGAUAUUGCAAGCUCGCUUACGGAAAUUGAGCAGUGGGAUGACAAUGGCUCGAAAGGAAAGCUCGAAGACCUUUGCAUCACGUACGACUUUUCCACGUCGGCCUUUGGCCACCACGUCAUCAGGGAGAUGCGGCCGUCUGCUUCGGGGGGUGACGAAGAAGGCGGUGAUUGGGACACCCACACCCCCUCGGAGGAGGAGUGGCCUCAGUUUUCCAAAACUGCCUCCCACGCCUCGUGGAAUCCGGCUCCCCAUGAGUACAACCCGGAAGAAGAGUCCAAGCCAGUCACUGUCCACAACAGGGACGAGUACAUUGCUGAUUACAUUCGCUACCUGACUACGGUCUCUGUCCGCCCUCAGUUCGAAGCUUUCGCCCGUGGGUUCCACACUUGUCUCCAGCCUAAAUCCUUAUCCCUCCUCACGCCCUCGCUCCUUCAGUCACUCGUCGAAGGUGUGCAGGAAAUUGACAUCUCUGAACUAAAACGCUACGCGAAAUACACUGGUUAUGAUGAACACCACCGGACAAUCAAAGAUUUUUGGUCGAUUGUGAAGAGUUAUGACGAGGACAUGAAGAGGAAGUUGCUCGAAUUUGUGACGGCGAGCGAUCGGGUUCCUGUCGGGGGGAUGAAGUAUGUGGUGUUUAAUAUUCAGAAGAACGGGGUGGAGAAUGAUGAGCUGGGACCGGGGGGGACGGGGAACAGGGGGAGGUUGCCGACGAGCUAUACUUGUUAUAGCACGUUGCUGUUGCCCGAGUAUAAGGAUAAGGAGACGUUGAGGGAGAGGUUGGGGAUGGCGUUGGAGAAUGCGAGGGGGUUUGGGUUUGCGUAG